AUGUUCCCUUUACCAUUUACUGGACACUUGAACCCUAUGAUCGAGCUCGCCGGAAUAUUCCACCACCUUGGCUUCUCAGUCACGAUCCUCCACACUUCUUUCAACUCUCCGGAUCCUUCUCGCCACCCACGCUUCACUUUCCGAACCAUCCAUCACAACAAAGAAGGAGAAGAAGACCAAGACCCUCUCUCUCAAGCAGAGGUUUCAGCUAUGGACCUCUUCGCUUUCAUUCGUGUGCUGAAACAAAGUUACAAGGAACCGUUUCGUCAGUCUCUUGCGGCGGAAGUAAGCGAAGGAGAGACGGUGUGUUGUUUGGUCUCCGACGCUAUUUGGGGGAGGAACAUGGAAGUUGCGGCGGAACAGGUUGGAAUUCAAAGGUUGGUGUUGAGGACUACUAGUGCGGCGUCGGUUUGUGCUUUUGCUGCUUUCCCUCUACUUCGAGAGAAGGGUUACCUUCCUAUACAAGAUUCAAGAUUAGAUGAUCCAGUGAUAGAGCUUCCACCUUUGAAAGUCAAGGAUCUUCCGGUAAUAGUAACGAAGGACCCGGAGGAACUAUACCGAAUAAUGAAAGACAUGGUGGAAGGAGCUAAGUCUUCUUCAGGAGUCAUAUGGAACACAUUCGAAGAUCUUGAAAGACUCCAACUCAUGGACUUGAGCCGCAACUUCCAAGUUCCCUUCUUCCCGAUCGGACCAUUUCACAAACAUAGCGAGGACCUUCCAUCGACAAAAAAUAACAAAGAAGAUAACGCAAUAACCGAUUGGCUCGACAAGCAAGACCCAAAGUCAGUGGUCUAUGCGAGUUUUGGUAGUAUUGCAGCUAUAGAAGAGAAGGAGUUUCUCGAGAUUGCUUGGGGUCUAAGAAACAGCGAACAACCGUUCUUGUGGGUGGUUAGGCCGGGGUUGGUCCGGGGGGUCGAGUGGCUCGAGUCAUUGCCUUGUGAUUUUAUGGAAAACAUUGGACAUAAGGGGAAAAUUGUGAAAUGGGCGAAUCAAUUAGAGGUAUUGGCCCAUCCCUCGGUUGGAGCGUUUUGGACGCAUUGUGGAUGGAAUUCGACACUGGAGAGCAUAUGUGAAGGUGUUCCAACGAUAUGUACACCAUUUCAAACGGACCAGCGUGUGAACGCGAGGUACAUUGUCGACGUAUGGCGAGUCGGGAUAAUGUUGGAACGAAGUAAGAUGGAUAAGAGUGAGAUUGAGCAGGUAGUAAAAAGUGCAAUGAUAGAUAAAAAAGAUGGUAUGAGAGAGAGGUGCAUGGCCUUGAAAGAGAAGGCUGAUAUUUGCUUAGUUGGGGAAGUGAAAGCUGAUCUUAGACCGUCGAAGUGGGCCGAGCAAUAUAUUAAGUUCUUCUAUCUAAACGGGCUUAACUCAUCCAAAUGGAGUCAAGUCCCUUCUCUUCGAGAUCCGGUUCGAAUCCGUCGAUCUAGAUUCCCUUUGGCUUUUGACUUCGAUCCUGUUCGAGACCGUCGAUCUUCUCCUUCUCUUGAUUGGGAUUUUGUGUUGACUGUGAAAUCUCAGAUUAGGACUCAUGCUAUAAGGAAAGCUCAUGAGAAUAUUGAUAAGACUCUUAAAUCUGCUGAGGUUAUUUUGUCUCAAUUUGAUCUCCUUCGUCAGGCAGAGACUAAAGUAGCAGUAACAAAAGCUUUAAGAGUAGUGAUGGAGCAUUAA